AGGAAGUGGUGUGUGUAUCAGCCAGUGCCAGAGGUUCUCAUUAAGUCUGCGAACACCAGGUUGUAUGUCUAUGAUGUGACCUGUUGGGUGAAGUCUACAGGUGUAGUUGUAUAAUACAAGUGUGUAGUGUGGAAUAUUUUUCUGUGAAUUUUAAUGACGUAGUGUUACACGAUGGUGGUUGUAGACCGAUGGAUUCUUGUCGUGAUCUGCGUUCUGACGGUCCAUUGCUCAAGCGUAGCCAAGUCAGAGGUUCUCUGUCCUAGGGGCUAUUAUUGGCACGAGCCGACAACCAGCUGCCAGAAAUGUCCAAGGGGAAGCUACCAGCCAGGCCAGGUAACCACAGCUGUGACAGAGUGCUCCUCUUGUCCGGAGAACCUCACAACCCUGAUCACCGGGGGCAACGGCCAAAUCCUACUGUGUCCUUGAUUGUCCCCUGGGUCACCAGUACAACUUCACGACCAAAACCUGCACUGCCUGCCCCAUCUACCAGUACAGGAACGAAUCCUUGCAGGCGUGUUACUACUGUCCCAGCGGGCAGACAACCAACGAGACUGGAUCCAGCCAGUGUUUCCAGGCAACAGAGUCGCCGCCUGCCAUGACGUCAUUGACCGUCAACGUGGACUUACAGUUCCGGAUAGGGAAGUGUGAAAACGUGGACCACAUGAAAGCGGUCUUGGUGGCCAACGUCCUUCUGCUGAUGCGGUACCGGAGGAAGAUCUACCCUGACCUGUGUCCGACUGACGCCUGCUCUAACAUGCUCGUCAGCGUCACAAACGUCUGCAAAGGUGACACGGCAGACGUGCGGCUGACCAUCGUAGACGUCAGCUCUAGGUUAAAGGAAGAUGGCACUUCACUAUAUCGAGACGCCGACCAAGUUAUUCUGGGGGCUUUUUAUGACCUGACACCGCUCUUUGACAAUAUAAACAUCUUGCCUUGUAAAUCUGGAGAGAUCAUGGAUCUAUCGGGAACAUGCUCAAAGUGCCAAGGCGGUGAGUUUGCCAACCAUACAAGUGGCCAAUGCGAGAGGUGUGGGAAAGGAAGUUUUUCUGAGCAGCCUGCAGACAGUUGCGUGAAGUGCCCAGACGGUGAAACAACGAAAAACCUCGGUAGCAAGCAUCGGUCUGAUUGCUUUAAAGACAUGGAGCUAGUGAUAAUUGUAAGUGCAUCUUGUGGCGGUGUCGCGCUUAUCUCUAUCAUUAUUACAAUCGUCGUCUGUAUAAGUAUAAGGAGACGUAGAACAUCCCGUCAUCAGCAAGGUUUGAAGACGUUCAAUGAAAGACCCGAGAAGGCUCAGCGCGCCCAGAGCAACGAUUAUACCAAGACUGCGCAUGUCCAAGCUAACAGCAAGCCACGAUCUCGGGCAGGAUCAAAUCCCAGCAGAGACACAAACCAGCCAACUCUCUAUCACAUUCCUCAGCCAGAGAUAGAUGUAGAUGUGAUGUCCUGUCAUUACUACCUAAAGCUAGAACCGCCAGACCUUGAUUAUCUUGCUCCCGAUUACGACACCUCAAGCGUUGAUUACAGCAAAAACAUUGACGAUAACAUAUAUGAUGAAAUAACAUCCAAGUAACAGGUGAAUGGAAUUCUGUGUAAAAAGUGAAAUGGUGUUGCGAUAGUAUCUGCUAAAGAUAAACUAAUUUAAUUUGUUAUUACCUGUAUAUAGCGGCGUCACUAUGUCGGGUAUAACCUGGUGAUGUCACCCCCUCCCAUAAAAACAAUUUUGCCUUGUAAGUUUGUUGCCACCCCACUCCCCCUAUUUUAUUAUUUUAAUUGGAUACAACAUUGUUUUGACGGUAAAUUAUGUUACUAUUUUUCGAUUUCGUGUCACCUCGUAAUGGUAUCACCCGGUGCGGACCUCACUACGUCCCCUCUUCUUGACGCUACAGCGUACAUCUACUGCUAA